AUGCCCGAACAUACACCGUGCCCAACGUUUAAUCGGGCAGUUUAUGGAUUUGUGCUUUAUUUAACAUUAAAGACUCUUUUUGUUAUAUAUUUGUUAUGGAUUUUUAUACCAGAUAGUAUUUUUGAAAUGUUAAACAUAUCAUAUAUACCUCAAAAACAUUGGGCAAUCGUUAUACCAAUUUUAGUUCUAAAUUUAACAGCAGUUUUUGCAUUUUUUAUAUAUCCAGGCAUUAAUUUAUGUUUAACGCCAACAAUUGAUAGUUUGCAAACAAUCACUGAUAAUUGUGCAAAAAAUUCAAGACGUAAUAAUAAAAAAAGUUCAAUAGCACUUAGUCAACAAACAGAGGAACUGAAUAAAAAGACUGAUUUAAAUCAAUCAAAAAUUAUCAAUGGUUAUAAUAAAGACAAAAAAAAUUAUUUAAAUAAUUGGUCUAUGAAAGAUAAAAAAUGUACGUGUAAAUAUAUGAAAUUGUGUUAUUUAUAUAAAACAACAAAUAAUAAACAUCGAGGAUUAUCAUCAUCGUCAAAAAAUACCACAAAUUUAGAUGAUACCAUGUCUCAAAGUGGUGCUCAAGUGCAUCAUCAAACAUUGUUAAGUUAUAGUGUACCACCGUUGCAAGAUAUACAUAUAAGUAAUGUUUGUAAAAAUUUAAUUGUAUUCAUACAACUACUUUUGUAUGAACAUUAA